UCCGGGGUCUAUAUCCCAACUUGGAAACAGGCGCUCGGCGAGAGCUACUGUGAAUUUGGUGUUGUUGUGGCACCAAAGCCUUAGAAAGACUAUCGUUUAUGUGAUUUAUGAGAUGUCGCGUGACAGAAACGCGCGUGGUCGUCGUCGGUAAAGUCAGAGCGCUGGACAAUGCUAACCGGUUAGCGCAAGGUGGUUGCUAGCUGGCUAAGGAAGUUAGCCAGUUAGCUAGCAAUCCGCCUGCCGGAGGCUGUUCUCUUGUUUCGCGCAUUUCAAGUCUGUUAACCGCCCUCAGCAACUGUUUAACCUGUUCCCCAUCGAGAGCGUUAAGCCGGAGUUUCGCCAAUGACAGAUAUAAAAGAGGAUAAACUUUACAAAUCGUUGUGUAAAAUGGGGAGUAGGCGGUGUUUCUCCUGAGCGGCUGAUUUUCUGCCACUGCUGCUCUUUUGUUUUCACAAAGGAAGAGGAGCCGCAUUUCUUUAUCAUUUUACACCACCUCGCAUUUGGUGGUGGGAGAGUUUCUUUGAUCUUUCUCUUAUUUUUUUCACUGUUGUAAUGGCUCCUCACAAGCAGAGCCAUCCGGUGGGCUUGGGCUCUGGAGGUAAACCCAAUGGGUUGUACCACCACCAGUCGUCCUCCGCCUCGAUGGCUGCAGCCAAGAAGCCCAACAUGCAACUUAUUCAAGCCGACCACGAGUUGUUCCUGCAGGCCUUCGAGAAACCAACCCAAAUCUACAGGUUUCUCCGCACAAGAAACUUGAUUGCUCCUAUCUUUUUGCACAGGACACUCACUUACAUGUCCCACAGAAACUCAAGGAAUAACGUCAAAAGGAAAAAUUACAAGGUUGACAAUCUUCUGUUCAAAGUGGAAAAGAUGAGAGGGGAACAGGAGACUCACAGCUUGGCCUCCAAUCUUCAGCUCACCUUUACUGGCUUCUUCCAUAAAGCUGGAAAACUCUCUCAGGACAGCGAGAACGAGCAGAACUCGGUUUCUCUGGAGGUGCUCCUGGUCAAAGUCUGCCACAAGAAGAGGAAGGAUGUGAGCUGUCCGGUGAAGCAGGUCCCCACGGGAAAGAAGCAAGUCCCUCUGAACCCAGACACGAGCGCCGCGGUCCAGGCCAAGCUGAGCUCCUACCCCUCCCUGCUGGUUCCCAGCAGCGAGUUUGAACCCAGCAACUCUCACAUGGUCAAAUCUUAUUCGCUGCUCUUCAGAGUGUCACGACCCGGGCAUCCACGAACACAGAUCAACGGGCUGGCUAAUGGCGAGAUUCACCACAGCAGAGACUUUUCAGAAGAAGCCGUGAACAGGAAAAGGAGGAGCUCCGCUCUCAGGGAGGAGGGAGAAACCACAUUUGUAGCUCAGAUGACAGUCUUUGAUAAAAACAGGCGUCUGCAGUUAUUGGACGGCGAGUACGAGGUGUCCAUGCAAGAGAUGGAGGAGUGUCCUGUCGGUAAGAAGAGGGCGACCUGGGAGACCAUCCUAGAUGGAAAGCGUUUGCCUCCGUUUGAGAGUUUCUCUCAGGGUCCGACUCUGCAGUUCACACUGCGCUGGACCAGCGACUCCACCGAUCAUUCCACCGCACCCGUGGCCAAACCGCUUGCCACCCGCAACUCCGAAACCAACCAGGACACCCGACCCAGCACCCUGAGAGCCACGCACGCACCAACUGUGAAAGAGUCGGUAAAUACAGAUGUUCAAACCAGAAGAGAACAAGUCUUAUCUGAGCCUCGACAGAAACUACGAAUCUUCUACCAGUUUCAAUACAACAACAACACACGGCAGCAGACCGAGGCCAGGGAUGACCUCCACUGUCCGUGGUGCACGCUGAACUGCAGGAAGCUGUACAGUCUCCUCAAACACCUCAAACUGUCCCACUCCCGCUUCAUCUUCAACUACGUGCCCCAUCCCAAAGGAGCAAAGAUCGAGGUCUCAAUCAACGAGUGUUACGAUGGGUCGUAUGCAGGAAAUCCUCAGGACAUCCACAGUCAGCCAGGCUUCGCCUUCAGCAGGAACGGCCCCGUGAAGAGAACCGCCGUCACCCACUUUCUGGUCUGCAGACCCAGGAGGACAAAGCCGAGCCUGUCUGAGUUUCUGGAGUCUGAGGAUGGCGAUCGGGAGGCGCAGAGGACGUACAUCAGUGGACACAAUCGCCUGUACUUCCACAGUGACAGCUGCCUGCCACUGAGGCCCCAGGAGAUGGAAGUGGACAGCGAGGACGAGAGGGACCCCGACUGGCUCAAAGAGAAGACUGUAAAGCAAAUCGAGGACUUCAUGGACGUGAACGAGGGGGAGAAGGAGAUCAUGAAGCUGUGGAAUCUGCACGUCAUGAAGCAUGGCUUCAUCGCAGAUAACCAGAUGAACGAAGCGUGUCUGCUGUUUGCUGAACACCACGCUGCCGUCAUCGUCAAACGCAACCUGUGUCGCAAUUUCCUGCUCCAUCUGAUCAGCAUGCAUGACUUCAACCUGAUCAGCACGCUGACCAUCAACCAGGCCAUGGCCCGGCUCCGCCUCGUCCAGAGCCAGACCUCCCACAGAGACAAAGAGGAGGACGACGAAGAGGAGGAGGACUGGGAGACGGCCGUGGAGUCCCAGCCGGAGCCGGAUCCUGACCCCGAUCCCGAUCUGACGGAGUUUAAAACCUGCAGUAACGAGACCGCCAACGGCUCCCUGGAGACUGGAAACCAACUGGUGGAGGACGGCGGCGAGAAGCCGCACGCCAAGCCGAAAUUGUCCGGCUUCUGCUCGGUUUUAAAGUGACUGCUCGGCUGGAGUGCCACAAAGAUUCCCGAACAGAGCGGGAAGACUGAGGCCUGAGGCCGGAAUCAGCAAACAGGUGUUAAACACACACACGGGUUACUGCAGGGAUUCUCAAAGGCAGGUUACACCAGGAUCAAAAUGAACUUCACAUCCUGGAAGUUACACAUUCAAAUCGAAGAGACGCUUUAUGGUUUCACAGUUCAUCAACGCUGAGAACUUUGAAUUAUUUUUUAAUUAUUUUCACGUUUUUUCCAUGUUGUUUGUCCUGUUUCUGUAAAUGUUUGAGUGUUUAACUCUGAGGUGCUCCAGUUUUAUUUCCAGCCUGACAGAGCUGUGGAGUGAGCACAAAACAGGUUCGGUCUUAGGGCUGGAGGUGCAGAAGACGGUCGUACGCCUUCUGCAGAUGACGAGUUGCCUUCAAAAGAGGCGUCAACAUUUCAUGCAGCAGCUGCGAAUUCAAACAGGAGGAGAUGGUCCGUCUGCUCGGGACUGUUUUCAGCAGCGGAGUGAUCCGUAUUUGGUGCUCUCUUUGGUGCUACUUUGCCUCUCGAGACUCUUCGUUGGUGGUCUGAGUCACUUUGUGUUCACUCCAUUGUCCAAACCUCAUGUCAGUCUUCCUCAGAGUGAAGCAUCAAUCAGUGACCUUCCGGGCACCCUCAGCUCCACCAAAGGUUUUCUUUUAGCAGGGAGUGUGUGCACAUGCUCAGUAGUGUCACGGUUACGGCGUCUGAUUGAGUGUCAAGAGUGUUGCCGUACUGCAAAAGGAAGUUUGACCAGUUAUUAUCAAGAAAGGUCAGGGUUGAACCGCUGAUGGUCGGGAGGUGGCUGAUCACAACUUGAGACGCCUGUUAGAGCCGUUGCUAUCAGGUGUUUUUUACCUGGAGACGCCACAAAGUUCAUAUUAACUGUUAACGAGACCGAUGCUCAAAGCUAAGAUAGACUCUCUGCACUAGUGUCAUUUAUUAACGUUUUAACAAGAGUCUGAGAGUAGUUUUUUUCUCUCCCCCAUAUGUAUUCUUGUUGAGCCCCGCUCAUAUGAAAAUCAUGUUCAUAAUAAUUCUGUGAGUCAGAAUAUGAAGAAAAUAUAUUUUUGCUCAUACUGUGGAGCAUUACCUUUCACUAUCCGUGCAGCGAGCUCGAGGGAUCUCGUAAGAUCAAGGAUGUUUUCCGUGUGAUUCAGCUGCUUGUUAACUCAAACACAACGAGACAAAAGUCUCCGAGCUUUCUUUGAUCGGGUUAAUCAGGAAGUUAAUCCUCAGGUUUGGUUAAUUUUUGGCAUCCAGUGAUCAUGAAAACAAGAUGAUAUUAAAUAAAUGGUUAGUUUUUGUUUUGUUUUUUUACAUUAGUUUUUGCUGCAAUGCUCUCAUUUUGUAUUGUUAAAGAUAAAGUGAAGACAUUUCCUUUGCAGGCGUUUUUCUCUCUUUUGCUGCUUUAGUUCAGCUCGAGCCGAGACGAUGAAAACUGACUCCUGCCAACGAGUUUUAUCUGGAAGUAAAAGGUUUUCGCUGGAUCGUUAAAGGUUCCAGCUUCCUCUGUGUCGGAUCUGAGGGUUUAUUGUGCGGUCUGUCUUCUGGCGACAUAGACAGGACUGUUUGAACCUGUGACUCUGCUGUACUCGUGUGCACACCUCCCCUACAGUUAUGUUUUUCUUUAAACUACUGGUGCUAAAUGUUUUUACUCCUCAGUGCAUCUCCUUUCUUACAGCAGAUCUCCACUGCCAGCUCUCCAACAACGAGAAGCAUGUUUAGUUGUCUCUUUCUUUUUUUUAAAGUGACUCUGUUUUUCCUACAGUGCUGUUUUUACCGUGCUCUGAGCCCAGGACAACAAAAAACACUCGCUGUGCAGCAAAACUGGACAAAAAAGCUCCUCAGAGCUCAGAGAGGCUUGGAAAGGCCACGUUCCUACUGUUGUAAUCUAAAAAAAAUUGAUAACUAUAGGGUUAAACUGUUUAUGCAGGUGCUGGUUCCAGUUUCUUUAAAAUAAGAAAUUGCUGCUUUAUUUUGAAAUUAUUAUAAACUGAGUAGUUUAAGUUUUGGACUGAUACAAGUUUGGCUGGUCUGUUUUGUUUUUUGUUUUGUUUUUUUUCUUUUAUUUGAUCAAUGAAAUUGUUAAAGAAAAAGAAAAGAAACAAGAAAAGCCACUUAUAAAACGAAUGGUUCCACAGGGUUGUGAUGUCGCUGUAUGGUGUGGCGUUAAUGCAAUAUAAAUAAUGUUGCUCCAACCAAAAAAAACAAACAUGUUUUGAUUAGGAAAAAAAACACACCUGAAAGUCUAAAGUUGGCUGGAGGAGGUGGGGUGGAUGGAUGGAUCAAAUCCAGGCCUUUCACACAGGACAUUUGGGGUUAGAGUCCACCGUGAUGUGAAAAGUUAGUACUGAUUUAUUACUUUUAGACCAAGCGACACACUCGGAGACUGAAAUAAGUAUGAAAGUUCCUCUAGCGACCACCAGAGGCUCCUGCAGUGGAUCAGUCUAUGUUAAAAUGCCCAACUUUAAUUUGUUUAAAUAAACAUGUUUUCAGCCAGAUUAAAAAAAAAAAAAUUCUGGAUGGUUUCUUCCUUCAGAAAAACUGCACAGCUUAAAGUGGCCACUCUGACAAGUGCAUCAAACCAUCUACUUUAUGUAGAUGAUGUCAUCAUCUCGCGUUCACAUUUUGGUUUUGAAACCUGCCUUUGUAACCAGGAGUGAUCAUAUUUGGUUGUUUGUAUUCAGAGGGUGCUGUGCUAAGUUUAGGCUAAUGCUACGCAGCUUGGUUAGCACAUUUCAUAUCCAUAAAGUUGAUACAGCACACAGACAUGCAUAUCUGCUAAUUGGUGCUAAGAAACUCUCUAAAACUGGAUGAUUUUCCUUUUGGAUUUUUGUUUAGUAGAAUUAGACAGGUCCAUGUUGACACAGGCAGCUGUAGAUGUUAGCUCCUAGGGUGCACUGUAUCCUUGCUAACCAAACUAACUAGCAUUAGCUGAUAGCUUGGUACACCAGUUUUCAUCCAGUCUUUUCACUUCUGGCUCUAAAAAUCAACAUUGUUGGAGGCCAAAAUGUGAAGUCCAGAAUCCAGCAGGUGAAGGCACAGUAACUUCAUCCAUCUUUUAGCUUUCUUUGCCCCCAUGAAUCGGCAAAAUUGUGACAUCACAACAGUGUGACUGGUCCUGGAGCAACAUUAAAAUGAUGAGGGGACACCAGCAUGGCGGCACAUGUAGUUACUGAACACGCCCACUACACCUGUUAUAUAUAAAUGUAAAUAUGACUGUAAAAAAACAAAAAAAACAAACGAUAGCUUUGUGAUAUGUAUGUUUUUGAAACUCAAACACCAUCAGUGACAUUUUAGUAGGUAUUUUUAGUUAAAGGACCAAAAUGGGAUUCAUUUUCUGCAGAUUUCUCUUAUGUGUCCUGCGUCAUGUGACCCCCUGGAUCCCUGCUGUCAUCAUUACUUUGACAUUUAACCCCGGGAACACGCCGGGUAAAGAUUAGACAUGACAGACGAAUCACACCGGGAGCAUUUCAGUCUCCACGGGGAAUUUUAUUUUGAAAAUUAAAACCGUGCUCCUGUAUAGACUGUAUAUGAAUGUUGGAUGCAUCUAUUGUGGACCCUCUGUGUAGGUUUUUUUGCGAAAUGACACGAGUAGUAAAUCCUGGAGUUCUUCCAUUCUCCUGCAAGAGGGUCCCAAAAACACUCGAGGCCGCUGCCACACAUUUGUAAAUGAAAAUAUUUCAUCAACCCACCCACUAGUAACAGAGUCAGGCAGUCCAGGUGCUGAUGUUUUACCCGUGCCAUUUUAGCCUAAAUGCAGUACGAGCCUCCAGAUGUGGGCAGCUGUGAGGCCAUGGGAGCAUAACGUCAGCCAUGAUCAUUUGGAUGUAUUUAGAGCUUAUCGAUCUUUUUUGUGUUGUUUUAAAAAGCUUUAUGCCUGCUGGUGACUGAUCCAGCCUGCUGAAAUCUGCAGAUCUGAAACCUUGUCUUUGUUCACGAGACCCAGCAGCGUUUUGCACAAUACGGGAGGAGCCGUGUCGGCCAAACGAGACUUUUCUUUAACAAUAAUGUAAAACUAGCUUGAGUCACAAUGGUUUUCUAUUAAAAAGGACAAUUUUGUAAUAAUA